CGCCAGCGAGGACUUCAGCUGUGACCAAAAAAAAAGAGAGGCUCCUGUGACGUCAGCCACGGUAGAAUCCAGUCGUCCAAGAUGGCGGAGGUGCGCGGGCUGAGGAGCAGAAAUCACUUCAAGUCCGGCGGCGAAAGCCGAGUCGCUGACGAAGGCUUGUGUGGUGUGGAAGAUGUCCCCAUUUUUCACCAUAAGCUGAAGCUUCCUUUAGCCGAGACCGAAGAUCUGGAGGAUGACUCGUUUCCCAGGACCAUGGCCUCAAACUCGGGCAAAAAUGCCAGCCUCACCCCCUCCCCAGAUGAAGGGAUUCAUGAAGAGGAGCCUGUGAUAGAGGAAGAGAAGGCCAGGCCCAUCCAGAUCGUCGUGGCCAACGAGGAUGAGCACAGCUUUGAGCUGGACGCUGCCGCGCUGGAGAAGAUCCUGCUGCAAGAUCACUUGAAGGACCUCAAUGUGGUGGUGGUGUCUGUGGCAGGGGCCUUCCGCAAGGGCAAGUCCUUCCUGCUGGACUUCAUGCUGCGAUACAUGCACAAUCAGCAGAGUGAGUCAUGGAUGGGAGGCGACGAUGAGCCUCUGACGGGGUUUACCUGGAGAGGAGGCUGCGAGAGGGAGACCACAGGAAUUCAGGUCUGGAGCGAAGUGUUUGUGGUUGACAAGCCAGACGGAAGCAAGGUAGCUGUGCUCCUCGUUGACACUCAGGGAGCGUUUGACAGCCAGUCCACCAUAAAGGACUGUGCCACCGUGUUCGCCCUCAGCACAAUGACCAGCUCCAUACAGGUGUACAAUCUCACGCAGAACAUACAGGAGGACGACCUGCAGCACCUGCAGCUCUUCACAGAAUAUGGUCGGCUGGCAAUGGAAGAGAUUUACCUGAAGCCUUUUCAGUCCCUGAUGUUCCUGAUUCGUGACUGGAGUUAUCCUUAUGAACAUGACUAUGGCCUGGAAGGAGGCAACAACUUCUUGGUGAAAAGACUCCAGGUAAAACAGCACCAACACGAAGAGUUGCAAAACGUGAGGAAGCACAUUCACUCGUGUUUCUCCAGUAUCGGCUGCUUCCUGCUGCCACAUCCUGGUCUCAAGGUGGCCACCAACCCCUACUUUGACGGCAGGCUGAGAGACAUCGAUGAUGAUUUUAAGAGGGAGCUGGUCAAACUGGUGCCUCUCCUCCUGGCCCCAGACCGACUGGUGGAGAAGGAGAUCGGAGGCAAUAAAGUCACCUGCAGAGAUCUCCUGGAGUACUUCAAGGCUUACAUUAAGAUCUACCAAGGUGAGGAACUGCCUCACCCGAAGUCCAUGCUGCAGGCGACGGCAGAAGCCAAUAACUUGACUGCUGUGGCUGGAGCCAAAGACAUGUACAGCAAGAACAUGGAGCUGAUGUGCAGCGGGGACAAGCCAUACAUUGCCCCCUCUGACCUGGAGCGCUGCCAUGAAGAGUUUCUCGCGCACUCUGUGCGUUACUUCCGCUCCGUGAAGAAAAUGGGUGGCGAGGAGUUCUGCCAGCGCUACCAGACCCAGCUCGAGUCGGAGCUGGCCGAGGCCUACUCCAACUUCUCCAAACACAAUGAAGGCAAAAACAUCUUCUACGCCGCGCGCACGCCUGCAACGCUGUUCGCCGUCAUGUUCGUCACCUAUGUGGUGUCCGGGGUGACGGGCUUCAUCGGGCUGAGCACCUUAGCAGCCCUGGCGAACCUGGUCAUGGGCGCAGCGCUGCUGUCACUCUGCGCGUGGGCCUACGUGAACUACUCCGGAGAGUUCCGGGAGCUGGGGACAAUGAUAGACCUGGUGGCAGAGACACUCUGGGAACAGGUGUUGAAGCCGCUAAGUGAACAUUAUAUGGAAGACAACGUCAGACAGACGGUGGUGAACUCUCUCAAAGCCAGCUUGACGGAACAGGGCUCGCAGCACACCAAGUUAAAGACUCAUUGACCCUCUUCCUCAUCCUCCUCCUCCUCAUCUCCCCCAUCAUGUUUAUCAGCCCCUCCCCUCCCCAGCCCAUUCUCUCAAUGUGUUCAGUCCUAGAACUGUGGAACUAGAUCAACACCAAAGCGGACCCUCGUUUUUCUUUCCCCCUCCCACACACACAAACACAAACACCCAUCUUGGCUUCGCCGACCCAUGUUUUCAUGACCAACACGGACCCGUGGCCUCGCGCUCUGCCCUGCUCUCCACCGCCCCCCAGUGCCUCGGAGCAGGAACUGCACCUUCGUGAGACGACCAGAGCGGAGGAGCCGGCAGCGUUGCCUCUUGCCAAAACAGGACCUGGACGAAGGUCAUCUUCUCCCGUGUGCCAUGCUGUGGUAGAUCUAGUAAUGCACACUGUAGGUGGACGGACACACGCACACACACACACACACACACACACACACACACACACACACACACACACACACACACACACACACACAGGUUUGCUGGUAGUGGUCUGCACUCGCUUUGCAAUUGGGAUGUAAUUCAGGGAAAACUGUCGCGGCUGUGGGCGGCUGUUGUGACCCGCAGGCCUCACAGUUCAUCGCCUUUCCUCUUCAGUAACGUGUCCUGCGACCGCAGCUGAGAGCAGCCAGAGUGAGGUGAAUGUUGUUCUCUCUCUUUUUUUUCUUCCGUUACUCCAGUAGAACCAGGACUUCCUGUUCCUGUCACGGGCGAGCUGCGGAGGCUAUUUUAACUGCUGACUUUGUCUCCUACAAACCUGAGAUGAACGGAUGAGAGCAGGUUUUAUUCGACCUGCCGGCUUCCGCUCGUUGUUUUUAACUGUACAUGAUGAAGGUGUGUCGACCAGGUAACUAAUCAAACCGGGCUCAGGUUGCUGCACACGUCUGCCUCGCCCUGUAGGAAGCCCCCCAGCUCACUGUGGUAGUCUUCCUAUCGGAGCUGUCGUGUCUCGCAGCGGACCCUCUGCUUUUAGAGCCCGGUCAGAUAUUCAGGGAGGGUUUUUCACCUUGAACCAUUUUCUCUCCGCUGCCUUUCAUGAAAGCUCACUGGCUGCGGCUGCUCCCCCCUCUCAACUUUAGGACCUGCAGUCGGUACGUUGGAUUUUUGCCUUUGGGGAGAUUUAGAUGUUUUUUAGCUUCAGCUCUUGUUAAAGGAAUAUUCUGACGUUUAUUUGCUUUCUUGGUGAUAGUUUAAUGGGACGAGUGAUCCCCUCUCGUAUCUGUAGGAUGAAUAUGGAGCUACAGCCAGCAGCUGCUUAGCUUAGCCCCGCCCCCGCCAGUCUCCAGUCUUUAUGCUAAGCUAAGGUAACUGGCUACUGGCUACAGCUGUGUAUCUAACUGCUGAGCCAAAUGGUGACCUAUUAAUUUUAAAUGUCAACAGAUUGUUCUGUCCACAUAUUUCUUUUCCCCUUCCUUUAGAGAUAAAUGAAUCUAAAUCUUCUCCCCAGUGAAACACAGCCGGUUCUCCAUCAGAACAUCGGCCUCCCGACGACAGAAACCCGAUUAUUAGAUCGUUGUGAGAUUGACAAAACAUCUGUCUGAGCUCUUGUCAUUCAUUGAUUCCAUCCACAGUAUUACUCAGCUUCAGCGGCAGUCUGAUACUGUACAGUCUGUCUCUGUUCACAUAUCACACAUGGGGCAUGUAUGUUGGAUUAAAUAUUUAAAUAAACUUUGUAUACACUUUAUAGUGAAUCAGUUGACAGUGGCUGAUUUUUUCUGGAUCAACCUAACAGUCUGUGGUUUGUUAGGAGCGAUGCUGCUGCUGUAGCGUUCACGGUACUUAUCCUGAGGAUGGACCUUUGAAUAGAAAUGUGUGAAUAUUUAGAUCCUGAUAGGAAACUGUUUUGAUUGUGACGAGUGGGUUGGAUAUGACGUCUGUCUGCCUUUUAAAGACCUCUGGUAACUUAUUUUUGAAUAAAAUUUUUCCCCUUAAGAAUUCA